CGACGUGACGCGUCAUCACCCACUGUCCAAGGCUCGAUCAAACAGUUACCGUUAUUUCAAACGUGUCUAGUUCAUGAACUUUCAGGGAGAAUAUUUAAUUUGAUUUUAUGCAUUAUAAUUUUAUUCGCAAAAAUAAACGACCUUCGUGCGUUUGCCAUAGAUAUAUCCACAGAAUAUGACUGUCAGUUUGAGUUAAUCGAUGUCAGAGUGAGACAGCGUCAUGGCGAUGAUCAGCCGGAGUUGUGUUCGUGCAGGUCGAUAUUCCUCCAGUCUUCUCUUUUUACCGUCAAAAUGCUCUGAGGUGUCGCAUGUUUACUGUAACAGACUGACAAUUGCUGCCAACACAGACACACUCACUGAGAGGAAGAAAGAGAUAAAAGAAGAUGGACUGAACCUGCAUGACUUUAUAUCCGGAGAACUGUCAGAAAAGAGCAAGUGGGAGGAAUACAGGGGCAACCUAAAGAGACAGAAGGGAGAAAGACUGAGACUACCGCCUUGGCUGAAAACAGAGAUCCCUAUUGGAAAGAACUACAACAGACUAAAAAACACACUCCGAGAAUUAAACCUGCACACAGUCUGCGAGGAGGCCAGGUGUCCCAAUAUCGGAGAAUGCUGGGGGGGAGGAGAGUAUGCCACUGCCACAGCAACCAUUAUGUUAAUGGGGGACACAUGUACCCGUGGCUGUAGGUUUUGUUCAGUUAAAACAGCGAGACGUCCUCCACCUCUCGACCCUGACGAGCCGCAUAACACAGCCAAAGCCAUCGCAGCAUGGGGACUGGACUAUGUAGUACUCACAUCAGUGGACAGAGAUGACAUUCCUGAUGGUGGGGCUGAGCACUUUGCAAAGACUGUUUCUAACCUCAAAGAGAGGAACCCUAAUAUUAUGGUUGAGUGUUUGACUCCUGAUUUUCGAGGUGAUCUGGCAGCAGUGGAGAAAAUCGCUCUGUCUGGGCUUGAUGUUUAUGCUCACAACGUAGAAACGGUCAGAGAGUUACAGAGGUAUGUCCGUGACCCCCGUGCUAACUUCGACCAAUCGCUGAGUGUUUUACAACAUGCUAAAAAGGUGAAAGCCGGUUUGCUUACGAAGACUUCAAUCAUGCUGGGACUGGGAGAGACAGACUCACAGAUACAUGCCACUUUGAAAGAAUUGAGGGACGCUGACGUGGACUGUCUGACACUGGGGCAGUACAUGCAGCCAACCAAACGCCAUCUCAAGGUGGAAGAAUAUGUCACUCCUGAGAGGUUUGCGUACUGGGAGAAGAUUGGCCAGGAGAUGGGAUUCGUCUACACAGCCAGCGGGCCACUUGUGCGCUCUUCUUAUAAAGCAGGUGAGUUCUUCUUGAAGAAUCUGCUGGAGAAUAGGAAGACUGAAGGGACAACAACGACAGCAUAGUAAAACUCUUGAACAUCACCUGCCUGACCGUCCUCAUCCUGUCUGUCUGUCUGUCUGUCUGUCUCUCUUCUGUCAGUACAAACAAUAUGAAGCACAGAUUUUACAAAUAAAACACCAUUAUGCUGGAUGUAACAUUCUAUGUGGUUACAAUCAGUUUGAUAAACCAGCCACGGACACAUCCACCAAGCGUGAUCAGGCUUCACAAAGAGCAAAAUAUUUAAUGAUUCUGAUGGCAUUUGAUAUUGGAGGGAGGUAUUCUGGGUAAUGUCAUCUUCUUAAAAGAAGCAAAUGAAGGGCAGCCUGUGGUAUUUAAGAGACUGCAAGUAACAAUGCAAAGCAAUGCAGAUACUAAACAUAACAUACAUGUAUGACUUGCUUCUCUAUAGGGAAUAUUCAAGGAGACAUUGUUUAAAUUAAAGGGAUAGUUCACCCAAAAAUGAAAAUUCUCUCAUCAUUUAAUCACCCUCAUGACAUCCCAGAUGUGUGUGACUUUGUUUCUUAUGCAGAACACAAAUGAAGAUUU